AUGGCGCGCGACUCGUGGGUGUUCUUCACGGGCAAGCAGGACUCGGAGCUGGUGCGGCAGACAAAGAGGAUGCAGCUCGAAGCUGCCAAGGACUCGGAGCUGGUGCGGCAGACAAAGAGGAUGCAGCUCGAAGCUGCCAAGGUGAGAGGCGGUGAGGACCGGUUGUGUGGUGCUAGACGCGUGGGUGUUCUUCACGGGCAAGCUGAGCUGGUGCGGCAAACCAAGCAGUUGCACUCGGAGCUAUUUCGGCAGACCAAGCGGCGGCAGAUCGAAGCCGCUAAGGACUCGGAGCUAGUUCGGCAGACCAAGCGGCUGCAGAUCGAAGCCGCUAAGAGAGGCGCAGCAGCAGGUGGUGGAUUAGACGGCUCUGGAGCAUGUGAGGCGAGUGGUGGGGGAAGAGACAGCCUCUCACUAACAUUCUUAUUGAUUUCCUCUCCUCACGCUCAGCUGAGAGCCCUGCGAGUGGCACAGCAGCAGGUGGUGGAGGAGACAGUGUUGGAGCAUGUGAGGCCGUUGGCGGGGGAGAUGCAGCAUCCCACACCCACUCUCUGUUGCUUCUCUUUCUUCCCUCCUCGUCUCCCCUCUAUUCCCAUACAGCUGGCGCAUGGCACAGCAGCAGGUGGUGGAGGAGACAGUGUUGGAGCACGUGAGGCGAGAGGUGGGGGAGUGUUUGGUUGCUACCUCUGUUCGCACCCAUCUCUCUUCCUCUUCUCCCCUCUUACCCCCCUUCAGCUGAGGGCCUUGAGAGAGGCGCAGCAGCAGGUGGUGGAGAAGACAGCAUUGGAGAAUGUGAGGCGAGUGGUGGGGGAGAUGCAACAGCUGGACCAGCAGCUCGAUGGCCUGGUGAGGGAUGGUGGCGGGUGA